AUGAAAAUAAAAAAGGAAAUAAGCAUAAAUCUUACAAAUUCAAAUUUGAAUAUUUACAAGUUAGGACCUUUGAUUAAUAAAGUAAAAAUAAGUUCUGUAAAUGUUAAACCAGAAGGAAAUUAUUUAGAACUAGAGUAUGAAACACCAAAGUAUAAUACUUCUUUACUACGAAAUAAAUCAGAUAAAAUAAUAUUAUAUUCAUAUGGAUUUAAUCCAGUAUCAUCAUAUUAUCUUUUAAAAGGAUUAGAUGAUGAAGAAUGUAAUAAACAAAAUGUAUAUAAACUUAAUUCUAUAUACAAAUUUAAUACAAAAUUUAAAGAAGAGUUAUCUGAUAAAGCAACUUUACAGUUCCGUAAAGUUGAAAGCAGAGAAGAAAUAGAGCACAGAAAAAGAAAUAUAAAUUAUAAACUAAAAGUAAUAGAAAAUGAACCAUUUAAAAAAUUAGAAUAUAAACAAGUAGAAAGAAAUAUAAAUAAAGUAUUAUCUGUACAAUCUAAAAGUACUAGUACGAUUAAAUAUCUUGAAAAUAUUAGUGUUUUUGAUAAUAGAAAAAUAGAAAGAUGUAUAAAAAAUAGAGUUGUAGUAAAUUUAAAUGAUCUUUAUAAACUAUUUCCUAACCAUCAAGAAGAUGUAAAAUUAUGUUUACAAAAACUUACUUUUUAUUUCAAAGGUAGAUACAUUUUAAAAGAUAAAUUUUAUGAUAAAAAUUUACAGAAAAUAAGGAAAGAAAUAUUAGAAGCUUUUGAAAAUUCUGAUAGUAUAAAUUUUUAUAAUUUAUCUACAGAUUAUAAUAAUAUGUUACAUGAAUUAUGUACUAAACAAAGUAAUAAAUAUAUCCUUAAAGGUAUAUUUGAAGAAAAAGUGAUAGAUUUCAAAAAUAUAAAUUUAGUAAAUAAAUUAAAAGAUAAAUGUAUAUUUACACUACAAGAAAUAAAAGAAAUAUCAGGAUUAGAUAUAGAAGAUGUGUAUAAAUUUAUAUUAGAAAAUGAUAUACAAGAAAUUAUUAAUAAUUUUUAUUGUGUCUAUAAAAGCCAAGAAAUUGAAGAAGUUUUAAAAAUUUAUGAAAAGGGAAAUAUUAAGAAAUCAGAAAUUAAUGAUUUACUAAAUUCGAAAGAAUUAAAUACAGAAGACUUUUUUAAAGCUCUAGACUUCUUUUUUGUGUUAAAAAGAAGUACAUGGGUUAAAAAGUAA